CCUCAUGUCACACUUAUGUACAAAUUUCCAAGUGCGGCAGAGAGGCAACACGUCGAACGUGGUACGCGGUAGGCCCUCUGUUCUGUCACUGUCAGGCACUUUAUUAUUUUAAAAGCAUAUUUACCUUAUUUUAUUAAUCGUGAAUAAAAUUUAUUAUUUGUAAUAAUGAGUAUUAAAAUAGGUAAUAACAUUGUUUUAAGGUUGGAAUAUCGUAUUUAGUAACGAGACCAUUGAGACACGAUAAAUGAAUGGAAGGGACGAUUAUUACCUACUUGGAACUUUCGAUUUAUUAACUUUACCAGUAACAUAAUGAUAGAAACAAAGUCUACAGAGACAGGUGCAGAGGUCAUUCGAUGUGGCUGGUUAAAUCAAGAUCCAAUUUACAUCGCUUACCACGACGAAGAAUGGGGGAAACCACAAUAUGAUGAAUUAAAACUCUUUGAAAUGCUGUGCUUAGAAGGACAACAGGCAGGACUUUCUUGGAUAACAGUUUUAAAAAAACGUGAUCACUACCGUAUACUGUUUUAUAAUUUUAAUCCACAUAAAAUUGCAAAGUUAGGGGCAAGUGAUGUUGAAACAUAUUUGAAGGACCCUGGAAUUAUUAGACAUAAGGGGAAGCUAGAAUCUGUUAUAAACAAUGCAAAAUGCUUCUUGAAAAUGAAAGCGGAAGGUGAUAACUUUAAAGAAUUUAUUUGGAGUUUUGUAAACCAUAAACCAAUAAUAAAUAACUGGAGUACUCACAAAGAAAUUCCGACUGAGACUGCACAUUCAAAAGCCAUGUCCAAAGCUUUGAAAGCUAAAGGCUUCAAGUUUAUUGGGUCAACCAUUUGUUAUGCAUUUAUGCAAGCUUGUGGACUUGUAGAUGAUCAUAUAUUAAAUUGUGUUAGCCGCAUUAAAAAAUAAAUCAUAAUUAAAAAAAAAA